GUGUUUAGACUCUCCGGAGCGCUUUUAUUUACUUGUUAUCCGCUCUAUAACACAGUUACAGUGCUAUUGUACUGUAUAGUGCUCUAAACCGCAGCGUUCAGUUCAGUUUUACUGCGGAACCUCUGAAGAGGCAGUUCAGCCGGACUGUGGAGUAAAGGCGCUUCUCCGCGGACUGAGAGCUGCUGCUGCUGCUGAGUUUCCUCGCGCCUGUCUGCAGCAGCUCGGCCGGACCUCGCGUGUGAGUUGAACACGGAGAGUGUUCUGAUCUUCCCGGCGCUCGUGCACUGCGUCGUCUCCCGCUGUGAGUGCUGGGGACUGCUGCGUUCUGACCGGGAGCACCGGGAACCGGGAGUCUGUUGUCAUGGCUACUGAGGACGCCAUGUCCGCGAGCUCUGUGUGAACCAAAUUAAAAUAUUCUCCUGAAAUUCAUCACAAACAACCAGGAUAUUUAACUAAGAGCAAUGUGAAACUGCUGAAAGAGGUGAAGCAAAAGCCGUCCAGAAGAAUCUCCAGAACCCACAGAAACAGUUUGCUACAUUUAACAGACAAUUGAAGCCAAGUCCCAACAUGGAGAAACAUCAGCACUCUGUCAAGAGUUUUACUAAACAGAGUGAUCUCAAAAUACACCAGCGCAUUCACACAGGAGAGAAACCGUAUCACUGCUCAGACUGUGGGAAGAGUUUUAAUCAUCAGAGUAAUCUCAAAAAUCACCAGCGCAUUCACACAGGAGAGAAACCAUAUCACUGCUCAGACUGUGGGAAGAGUUUUAAUCAUCAGAGUAAUCUCAAACUGCACCAGCGCAUUCACACAGGAGAGAAACCGUAUCACUGCUCAGACUGUGGAAAGAGAUUUACUACACAGAGUCAUCUCAAAAUUCACCAGCACAUUCACACAGGAGAGAAACCAUAUUGCUGCUCCGACUGUGGAAAGAGUUUUAAUCAACAGAAUCAUCUCAAAAAUCACCAGCGCAUUCACACAGGAGAGAAACUGUAUCACUGCUCAGACUGUGGGAAGAGUUUUACUACACAGAGUAAUCUCAAAAAUCACCAGCGCAUUCACACAGGAGAGAAACCGUAUCACUGCUCAGACUGUGGGAAGAGUUUUACUGAACAGAGUAGUUUCAAAAAACACCAGCGCAUUCACACAGGAGAGAAACCGAAUUACUGCUCAGACUGUGGGAAGUGUUUUACUCAACAGAGUACUCUCCAAAUACACCAGCGCAUUCACACAGGAGAGAAACCGUAUUACUGCUCAGACUGUGGGAAGUGUUUUACUCAACAGAGUACUCUCCAAAUACACCAGCGCAUUCACACAGGAGAGAAACCGUAUCACUGCUCAGACUGUUGGAAGAGUUUUACUCAACAGAGUAAUCUUCGAAAACACCAGCGCAUUCACACAGGAGAGAAACCGUUUUAUUGCUCAGAUUGUGGGAAGAGUUUUACUCAACAGAGUAAACUCAAAAAACACCAGCGCAUUCACACAGGAGAGAAAACUCCAUCUUAGUUCAGUUUGAAGGCAAUUAAAA